GGAUCUUGUCUUUUAUUUUGAUUUCCCUCCCCUCUUUUCUAAGCCUUCGCUUUAAUUUUGCGUUGCGCCGCCCAGUCUAGACUUGACCCAUUCUCGUUCCUGGCUGUGCGCUUGGGGGGACUUACUCAAUCCAUACUAGGGCCCUGAAAAGCGCCAGGUUGGACUUGGAUUCUUGAAAGACAGAACUCCUUGCUUCUGGGCCUUGGUGCAUCGGAUACCGCCAUCACUCACACCUUACUUGGCGAUAUUCUCUUUCUUCCUCUCCUUUCUUCUUUUACGUUCAUUCGGAUCCAGUUUUUCUAUGCUCGAGCUCCUGAGAAGCCCAGAAACCGCGCAUGCAACUUGUCGACGUCUCAGAAGCUGACAUUAGAGAAUCAGGGGGAAGAAAGAAGAGCUAGGAACUUAGCGUUGUUUUCUUUUCUUUUUUCUCUUGUUCCCUGAGGAAAGUGAGCAACAGAAAUAAAUUCAUUCAUACCAAAAAGCAAGGAAACCCCAGGAAUUUUUGCCCUUGGUGAAAGCAACGGGUUCGGGUGGUUCUUAAAGAACAAUAUGCCUCCGGCUAGUUCGUCGUUCACGGCGUUGAAUUUGCCAGCCUCAUUUUCUCUUCCACAAUGCAUGGAAUACUUUACCCUCACCGCUGGUCCCAAUACCGAUCUCUGGCGGAAACCUCCAAAUGGUGACACAUCCACGGCGCCCAUUGUAUUCACUUCGCUGCGAAACCCAUUUGUAAUCGCAGAAGUGACGGUUAGCGCCGACUGGGAGAUGGAAUGGGAUCAAGGGGGGCUGGUGAUUUUCGCGGGAGCCGCACCACAGUCCUUCUCGUCGGGAAGCGUUCCAUUGGACUUCAGUCGUUCGGGAUACCCCCAGAUCGCACGGCCCUGCAAAUGGGUCAAGGCGGGUAUGGAGUUUAGCUCGGGCACCGUGAACGCAUCGUCGGUCAGCGCAACUGCGGAUGGAGCCGAUUGGUGUCUUUCACCGCUCUGUCUACCCGAUAGCGGACCAUCAGCCGUGAAUUCGCUGCGGAUUAAGCUGGAACGGAUCGGCCACUCCCUUUGGAUCUGGUACCAGGUCCCCUCCGCUGUACCCUAUGCCAUGACCCCGGGUGCAGUGAGCAGCACGUGGAAAAAGCUGCGUGAGGUGACCUGGUUCUUCUACGGCGUGGAGGAUAAAUUUAUCCACGUGGGGGUCUACGCGAGCCGCCCGAAUAACGUUUCUCGCAAUGAUACGAUGUGGGAGAUGAUGAACGGUCCGAUUAUGGGAGACUCCACGGCUGGCUCUGGAGAUUCUUUGGUGGUGGAGUUUGAAGAUCUCGAGAUAUACUAAUGACACUGGACCCUUUUCCCCUCGGAUGUAUCUCAUUCUUGUUUCUCUCCCUCUCCCUCCACCCCUCCCUCUCUCUCCUUGCGAUUUUUCAUCAGCACCGCCACGAUCUGCGAAUGGCUUCUGCUCCAUGAUUUGCGCCGCUGGUUGGGCCCAACAUGUCGAGAUUCUUUUUUCCUCUUUUCUUUUCCUAGAUUACCAUGACUAUCUCGAGGGUAUGGUGUCAAGCAUACAGAAGGGCAUUAUGAGC